CUUUACGGUGACUUGGAGCGAGCGUACCGAAGGUGUCUGAAAAAGAAACGAACGCUGUCGCCGUUUUUGGAUCCGGAUUGUUAAAAAAAGUAGCAAAUGAUACAAUGCAUCGCUGCAUUUUAGCGGCGCCGUUUAAGUCAGAAGAGUGGCGCUUCCUCCACGGACUUAGUUGAGGAGUGAUCACUGAAGUUUGGCCCAGGAGCGGCUCCUAGUACUGCUCGGAGAAUCAAGCCAUCAUGGCGAGACGUUCAAGGGCUGGAUCCGCGCUUCUACCUCGGAGUUCCUUCUGGGCAUGGAGUGGUCGUUCUCCCCUUUACCUUAAUAAUGUGAAGGUUUUUAGCUGCUGUUUUGUAGCCUUCGUGGGACUCUUCAGUGGACUCUGUGGCGCUGAAAGUGAGUUUUCGAUCAUGGAAGAAGCACAAGUUUUGGCCGUGCAAAUGAAAAAACUGUCGGCUCAGGAAUUAGGAGUUUUCACUAUGCAGAGAAUUUUCAAGUCCUUUCUGUAUACGGAGAAGACUUCAAAUGGGGAGACAGAGGUACAGCAGCUAGCAAAGAAGAUCCGGGAGAAGUUCAAUCGUUACCUGGACGUGGUGAACCGCAACAAGCAGGUGGUGGAGGCCUCAUACACGGCCCACCUGACCUCCCCGCUCACAGACAUCCAGGACUGCUGCUCCAUCCCACCCUCCAUGAUGGAGUUUGAUGGAAAUUUUAAUACAAACGUGUCCAAAGCCAUCAGCUGCGAUCGCCUGUCCCCCACCGUCAACAGUCGGGCGUUCAACCCUGGCCGAGACCUCAACUCGGUGCUGGCAGACAACCUGAAGUCAAACCCAGGCAUUAAGUGGCAGUACUUCAGCUCUGAGGAGGGGAUCUUCACCGUGUUCCCAGCUCACAAGUUCCACUGCAAGAGCACAUACGAACACAGGAGCAGGCCUGUGUAUGUGUCGGCCGUGAGGCCCCAGGCGAAGCACCUGGUCGUGCUCGUGGACCACGGCGCCUCUGUCACGGAGACGCAGCUCCAGAUCGCCCGCGAUGCUGCCCUCGUUGUCCUCAACUCCAUCGACGAGCACGAUAAGAUCUCCGUGCUUACGGUAGCCGAUGCCGUUCGCUCCUGUUCCCUGGACCAGUGCUACAAGAGCUUCCUCUCACCAGCCACCAGCGAGACCAAGAGGAAGAUGAGCACCUUCAUCACCAACAUCAAAGCCUCCGACAGCCCUACCCAGCAUGCCUUAGGCUUCCAGAAGGCCUUCCAGCUCCUGAGAAACACCAGCAAUAUCAGCAAACAGCAGAGCAACACCGACAUGGUGAUAAUCUACCUGUCGUCAGGUAUCACCUCCCGUGACCUCUCCGAGCAUGAGAAGAGAGCCACUCUGAGUGUGGUCAAAGAGGAGAACCGCCACCUCAACAACUCCGUGAUGAUUCUGACCUACGCGCUCAUCAACGAGGGUGUCACGGGCCUGAAGGAGCUGGCUUUCAUGCGCGACCUGGCUGAACAGAACUCGGCCAAGUACAGCGCGAUGGCGCGCUCCGCGCUGCCGGUCGUCAAGGGCAGCAUGAUGGUGCUUAGCCAGCUGAGCAAUCUGGAGAGCAGCGUGGGUCGAUUCUACAUCAACCUGCCCAACCGCAUGAUCGACGUGGCCACCUUCAGCCUGCCCUACGCCGACCCCAUGGGCGACGGCUUUAUUAUGACGGUAAGCAGACCGUGCUACUUUGGAAACCUGCUGCUGGGGGUUGUGGGCGUGGAUGUGAACCUGGCCUACAUCCUGGAGGACGUCACCUACUACCAGGACUCUCUGGCUUCCUACACCUUCCUCAUCGAUAACAAAGGUUACACCCUCAUGCACCCGUCCCUCACUCGGCCCCACCUGAUGACCGAGGCCCCGCUGCACACCGACAUUAUUCACUAUGAGAACAUUCCAGGAUUCGCCGCCGUGCGAGACAACAUCCUCAGCCUGCCCCUGGGAAGCCAAGUGAUCGCUGUGCCCAUCAACUACUCCCUGUCAUGGCACGUGAACCGCCUGCGUGACACCAGCCGCCACGCUUACAACGUCAGCUACGCCUGGAAACUGGUCCAGGACACUUCCUUCAUCCUCUGCAUAGUGUACGUUCAGCCCGAAAUCCCAGUGAAGCACCUGAAGAACCUGAACACAGCACCCAGCAGCAAGCUGCUGUACCACCGGCUGGACCUGCUGGGCCAGCCCAGCACCUGCCUGCACUUCAAACAGCUCGCAACCGUCGAGAGCCCCACUGUGAUGCUCUCGGCUGGCAGCUUCUCCUCUCCAUACGAGCACCUGAGCCAGCCAGAGACCAAGCGCAUGGUGGAGCACUACACUGCCUACCUCAGUGACAACACCCGCCUCAUAGCCAACCCGGGCCUAAAGUCUUCUGUCAGGAACGACGUGAUGGCGACCAGUCAUGUGACUGACGAAUGGAUGAGCCUCAUGGAGCUGAGCAGCCUGAACUGCUACAUUGUGCGCCGUUACAUAGCAACGCCCAAUGGGGUGCUGCGGAUCUACCCGGGAUCCCUCAUGGACAAAGCCUUCGACCCCACCCGGAGACAAUGGUACCUGCAUGCGGUGGCCAAUCCGGGCCUGAUCACCUUCACUGGCCCGUAUCUGGACAUGGGCGGGGCCGGCUACGUGGUCACCAUCAGCCACACGAUCCACGCCUCCAGUCCUCAGACGGCUCCAGGUUACACCGUGGCCGUCAUGGGCAUCGACUUCACCCUGCGCUACUUCUACAAGGUCCUGCUGGAUCUGCUGCCCAUCUGCAACCAGGACAAAGGCAACAAAAUCCGGUGCUUUAUUAUGGAGGACAGAGGUUACCUGGUGGCCCACCCAACCCUGAUCGACCCCAAAGGUCACGCCCCAGCCGAGCAGCAGCACAUCACCCAUAAGGAGCCCCUGGUGGCCAACGACAUCCUAAACCACCCAAACUUUGUGAAGAAAAAGCUGUGUAACAGCUUCAGCGAUCGCACAGUGCAGCGCUUUUACAAGUUCAACACCAGCAUCGUGGGAGAUCUGACAAACCUAGUUCAUGGCAGUCACUGUUCAAAGUAUCGGCUCACGCGCAUUCCAGGGACCAACGCCUUCGCAGGCAUUGUGAACGAAACCUGCGAUUCGCUGGCCUUCUGCGCAUGCAGCACCGUGGACCGCCUCUGUCUCAACUGCCACAGAAUGGAGCAGAAUGAGUGCGAAUGUCCGUGUGAGUGCCCUCUAGAGGUCAACGAGUGCACUGGCAAUCUGACCAAUGCGGAGAACAGAAACCCAAGCUGUGAGGUGCAUCAGGAGCCCUUGUCUCUGACUAUGAUUGAACCCAGUCUGCAGGACACACUGCCUCAGUGCAUCAAUACCCGCUGCAGCCAGCGCUUCACUAGCAGUGACUGCUUUGGUGUGCUGGACUGCGAGUGGUGUAUGGUGGACAGUGAUGGAAAGACUCAUCUGGUCAAGCCCUACUGUGCCCUUCAGAAUGAGUGCUUCGGGGGGAUUGUAGGUGCCAAGAGUCCUUACGUGGACAGCAUGGGCCUGCUAGAUGAAGAGGUCGCGUCCUUGAACAUGAUAAAGAGCGCACCCGUGGGACCUGUUGCCGGGGGUAUUAUGGGAUGCAUCAUGGUGCUGGUUCUAGUGGUGUACGCCUACAGGCACCAGAUCCACCGCCGUAGCCACCAGCAAAUGUCCCCUCUGGCCGCGCAGGAGAUGUCAGUGCGUAUGUCCAACCUGGACAACGAGAGGGAUGAACGGGACGAGGACAGUCACGAGGACAGAGGAAUAAUCAGUAACACGCGCUUCAUCGCUGCCGUCAUAGAGAGACACACACACAGUCCUGAACGCAGGAGGAGAUACUGGGGCAGAUCAGGAACCGAGAGUGACCACGGAUACAGCACCAUGAGCCCACAGGAGGACAGUGAAAACCCACCCUGCAACAAUGACCCCUUCUCAGCGGGGGUGGACGUGGGCAACCACGACGAGGACCUGGACCUGGACACGCCCCCACAGACAGCGGCCCUGCUCAGCCACAAGUUCCAACCGUACCGGCACGUGCACACACACCACGCGCUGCACCCACACGUGCACCACCUCCAAGCUGCCGUCACUGUCCACAGUGUGGAUGCGGAGUGCUGAGCUCCACCCCCCCCCCAAGACUGUGACUCCUCCCCCCCCAAGACUGUGACACCUCCCCUCAAGACUGUGACUCCUCCCCUCACCCCUCCCACAGCUCCCUUCCGUUUGAUACCACUUCACUCCGAGCCCUGUCUUCAUCCUCCACAUCCACGUUCCGCCCUCCACCCCCCGCAGCGGAAAGGCCAGGGCCACGGCGUCCUGGGGGGACCCUCUCUGAUGAGGAAUGGGCAGCAGCCAAUCAGGGCUUACCCUGAACCCACAGGAGCCCCUCACAGCGCGGGGCGCUGCUGUAAGGUUGCAGCCAGGGGGGGCUUCACGCUUCUUCUAAGUGCCACAAAGCAUCUCAGAUUUUUCUUUUAAGAAAAAAUGAAGAGUAAAGGAUUAUUUUUCUACUAUUUAUUUAACUGGAAUUGAGGUGGAAGGAGAUGAAUGGAAGAAACAUCUAUAAACUGCCUGGCUUGGUCAGCAGUGAAUUAUGGGAUGCAUGGCGCAUACACGACACACGUGUUACUGUGAGUUUUCUGCAGAAAAAAAAAUUCAAAUAGGGAUGGAGCCGGCUGAACAUCAGAGCGAGGGAGACAGCGCGAGAAACAGCGUGCAAGCACCAGCCAUCUGGGAGUGGAGGCAGAAAUUGCAAGCAGCUUUCGCUCACUGGCCGGUUCACUCCAAGCCUGUGAUGUCGUCAUUUGUGACUGUGUAAAUGAAGGCAAGAUUCUCUGAAAACUGUAACGUGACCAAGUGUUUCACCUCCCAAGCACAACACUCGCAGCUGUUUUGGACUUUUUAACAGUGACCUCCAAAUAAUAAUGAUAAUUAAAAAACUGCUUAGAUGUACCACUGCCUGUUUUAAGCUCUCGUCACAAUAUCCCCAUCCAUCAGUCCAGCCAUUCGAUUGGGUUCUCUGUGAGUGAUUUGGGGACAUUUAUUAUUAUUAUUAUUAUUAUUAUUAUUAUUAUUAUUAUUGAGAGUAUUGUCUGUGUGGGCCCAGAUGGAUCCUUUUUACUGAGGGCAGAAUCAUACAUUUGUUUAGUGUGAUAUUGUGGCAUUUUUAUGAGUAAUUGAGUAUUGAUGGGAUGACAUCAUAUUUUCCCUGAUGGAAAGCUUAAAUAUCCAAAUCCUUUUGUCAAGGUUGUGGCCAUCUGUUCCAAAUGUUUGGCUUUUGUGCUUAUAUGAUUUCAGAGGGAUUAUGCCUUUUGUUUCCAGAUUUAAAUAAUAUACAAUGUAUAUACAUCUGAACUUUAACAAAGUAGUUAUAAAUGAGUUCAGUCCUUAA